AUGCAGAUCAAGGAUGAUCCUUCCUUGAAGUGGCUGGAGAAAAUGAGGGGAGAUCCCAAUAAACGCAAUCGGAACAAGUAUUGUCGCUUCCACAGAGAUCAUGGUCACGAUACGGACGAGUGUUUCGAUUUAAAGCAACAAAUUGAAAAUCUCAUAAGGCAAAGGAAGUUGAAGAAUUUCCUUGGACGAGAUAACAGGGAUGAGAAAAUGAAAGGAAAAAUGGAAGAAUCAUCACGACCACCGCUCGGAGAAAUAAGAGUCAUUAUAGGGGGAAGUUCGACAGGCCAAUCAUCCAAGUCCAAGAAAGCAUACUUGAAGGUAGUGCAGAGUGUCCAGUUUUCUGGACGAUCUCCGAGAGCAAGGACCACGGACGAAGCAGCGAUCACCUUCACGAACGAAGACGCUGAGAGAAUUCAUCAUCCCUAUGAUGAUGCUCUCGUCAUCACAUUAAUGAUUGCUGAAUACACAACUAGAAGGGUGCUUGUAGACAACGAAAGCUCGGCGGACAUUUUGUAUUAUCCAGCUUUUCAACAAAUGAGGCUAGGACGAGACCAGCUCCUUCUAGUGAACUCCCCCCUAGUAGGUUUUGGUGGCAUGAAGGUCCAACCCAUGGGUACUAUUUCCUUAUCAGUGGUAGUGGGGGCAUACCCACGACAAAUCACCAAGGAUGUGAACUUCCUUGUGGUAGAUUGUCCGUCCUCCUAUAACGCCAUAAUUGGACGACCAACUUUGAAUAGUUGGAAGGCCGUUACCUCUACUUACCACCUAUCAGUUAAGUUUCCAACAGAACACGGAGUAAGGCAAGUACAAGGGGAUCAACUGGCAGCAAGAGAAUGUUACUUGGCCAUGUUGGCCAUGGACGAGCAAAUCCAAGCCAUGAAUAUUGAAGAAAGGAGAAUGGUAGCAGAGCCUACCGAAGCAUUAGAAGACAUUUCCCUGGACGAAGAGAACCCUGAGAAGUGUACCAGGGUCAGAGCAGAUCUAGAAGAGAAGAUUAAGGAGGACCUCGUCCACUUUUGA